ACCUGUCCAAUCCAUGCGCAUAACAGAAGGAGGUGACCAAGAAGGUGUCAUGCCUACUUUUAUUAGCCUCACUUCAAUGGGACCUUCAGUGCUCUCCCCUACAUUGUUCAGUUAAACAAGAAAAGAUAACAUGCCGUGGCAGUUGAACUAAAAGUUUGGGCUCAAAACAACUACCAAAACCUUCCCCCACCACCAUCACUAAUUCCUACCCCCAUAUUUUACAAAGAACUGAUCAAACAAUCCAUGGCUACAGAAGACUUCAGCUUCCCAACAAUCACAGAUACUCCGCCCCGAUUCAUCGAGUCACCACCGUUGUGGCGGUCACCUUCCUUAGCCUCACACCAGGUAGAAACCAGAAGAGAAGCUUCAAGAGCAGAUGAUCAUGGAGAAAAUACCUUCCCUGUGCCUAAACAGAUCAGUUAUAGUCAACGAAAGAGCUUUUCGUGUAUAGAACGUGGGGCGAGAAUCGAAAGUAGUGAUGAUGAGGAUGAUAAGAUGGAUAUGUUAUGGGAGGAUUUCAACGAAGAAUUUUCGAGAUCGUGUGAGUCUGGGCUAGAGUCUGAUAUUUCGCCGGGGAGGAUGGUCGAAUUGAGCUGUGUUCAAGCCUUGAAAUUGUCGAAAAACGGCGGCCACGCUCUCGCCAGAAAGAGGCCACCGAGCUUGGUGGUGUUCAUGAAGGUUUUAAAGAAGUUCUUCUUGGUUCAUAACUCUCAUCGUCCAAUCAACAAACGGUCACGGUUGCCCAAUGUGAGAAAACAGAUAUAUAGAUUGGGGGUUACAUGAAACAAGAAGCAUAAUUCAGGGGUAUAAAUAUAAUUUUCUCUUUCUUAUUGACGAACCAGAGAGCCGCCAUUGGGCUGCUUGAUGAAAUGAGAUUGAUUAUUCGCUGUGAGAUAGCUGGGUGUAUGUGACAGAGAAAGACAUGCUGAUUGCUGAGUUUUUUUUUUUUUUUGC